AGGGCCAGACAGUGUCUCAGUGAGGCUGUAGCCGUUCCACUCAUCUGUUUACUGCUACAUUGAGUCCACUCUUCAGUCAGUCUUCCGUGUGUGUGUGUCUCGUAUCCUCAAAAGAGUGUUAAAAAAAAUUCACAGAAAUGUCCGGAACGGAAGAUUUGUGUCUCUGGAAACCGGAUCCUAGGAGGAAAACGAAGUUAGAUGACUUUCGAGAACACGUGAACAAGAAAUAUAAUCUCAGAUUAGGAGACUACCAUGAUCUCUACAAGUGGUCUGUUGACAAGUACAGUGAAUUUUGGGAAACCUGGUGGAAUUAUGGACAGUUCAUAUACUCUUCACCUUCUACCCAGACUGUUGACACAUCCCUUGACAUUACUCAAGUUCCUAGGUGGUUUGCAGGAGCCAAGUUGAAUUUUGCUGAGAAUCUCUUGCGUUUUCAAGAUGAGCGAGUGGCACUUUAUGCAACAGGAGAGGGUCAGAAAGGAAUCGCUUCUAUAACGUACAAACAGCUGUACAAGCAUGUUGGUAGCUAUGCUCGGGCACUGAAGGGAUGUGGAGUGUCAGCUGGAGAUCGGGUGGUUGGAUACAUGCCAAAUUGUUUGCAGACAGUAGAAGCUAUGCUUGGUACUGCUGCUAUUGGAGCUGUCUGGAGUUCUACUUCUCCUGAUUUUGGAGUAACAGGCGUGCUUGAAAGAUUUUCACAAAUAGACCCAACUGUCCUGUUUACUGUUGAUGCAGUUGUUUAUAAUGGCAAAGUUCAUGACCACCUAAAUAAAGUGAAGAAAGUCAUGGCAGGCUUGAAGCAUUUAAAGAAAGUUGUCAUUGUUCCUUUUGUUCACAAGAAAGAGGAAAUUGACAUCUCUGAUAUCCCCAAGAGGUUCCAAGGAGAAACUGCUGCAGGACAGGGAUCAUCUGCUUCAGUUUUAUCUGGGACUUGGCAUUAUGAUGAACCUGGAGAAAUCGAAUCUCGCCCCCGAUCAGAGAAUUCUUUAUCUAGGCAUGGUCAUCAUCGAUACAGCAGCGUCAAGGGUUUUUCCGUCGGACCAGAGGUUGGAGAAGUUGCAGAAGGUGUCACACGAUUUCCUGUUGCAGCCAGAUCAGUCAGCUCAUCAGUGGCAGAUGCCUCCCUCGCAAGUUGGGGCGCUCAUUUAGGCGGCCUUGUUACUUUGGGUGUUUGGGGUCUGGAAGACAAGCUGCAACACAUCAACGUGUUGGAGUUGAAGGCAGCCUUUCUGGGUCUGAAGGAAUUUAGGGAGAAGGUAUAG